AUGGACCCUUUUCCCCUUAACUCUACCGGGUUUGUUAACCUGUUAGCUUCGCAGAGCAGUCCACCAAUAGACGUAGACUCUGCUGAGCCAGGUGUUAACUCUCCCGGGUUAGUUAAGCCUGCGGAAAGGAGAAAGUGGACUACCAAAGAAGACCUUGUGUUGAUCAGUGCUUGGUUGAACACCAGCAAGGAUCCCAUCCUGAGUGGCUCUGCUCCUAGGGAGUGGGGUCAGUGUAAGCAGAGGUGGGGAAGAGUGAAUGAGCAGGUUUGUAAAUUUGUGGGGUGCCAUGAGGCGGCGUUGAAGGAGCAGGCGAGUGGCCACAGUGAGAAUGAUGUCAUGAAGGCGACACAUGACAUCUUCUUCAAUGAUUACAAAGUGAAGUUUCAGCUUGAACACUGCUGGAGAGAACUGAGGUUCGAUCAGAAAUGGCGAUCACACGCUAUCUCGAAGGAGAAGAGGCAAGAAGCUGAUGCGGAGGUGGUGCCUGAGGGGGAAGAGGUGAGGCCGCCCGGGGUUAAGGCCAGCAAAGCAGCGAAGCGAAAGAAGCCGAACGAGGCAGCUUUUGAUCAAAUCCAUAGCAUCCUAGCUCAGAAAAAUACCAUUUCUAGACAAAAGAUACUUGAUCGCCUCCUAGCCAAGAAAGUGGAAACACUUUCUGAUCAAGUCACGGGUUUAAAGGACACGGUCUAG